CAUGUUUAAGAUAAUAAUAAUCAUUUUUUGUCGUGUAUAAAACUUGUGUAUUGUGAGCGAUGACGUCUCUGUUUACACUGUUUAUGACGUCACACCAUCGUGUAGUUUCAGUCUGAGGCGGAUGUUGUGAGAAGGGGAAAUGACAACAGAUGAAGGAAGUUUCUCAAUCUCAGAAAACACGAGUCUUCUGGAGCUCCGAGUGUUUUUAUGACGGACAGUUCGUCGGUAACGGGCCGGUAUGAGUGACGUCACGCCGGACACACCGGUUCGGAAGCUCCGGUUCUCCGCGCUGAGAGCUUUAGCAGACCUGCUGGACCCGCAGGACACCUGGAGGAGCGUCAUGGCAGACAUCAGCAAACCCUGCGGAGAGCCCAGAUACACACAGAUGCACAUCAGGCGGUUUGAAGCAUGCGUCCUGCAGGGAAAGAGUCCCACCAUGGAGAUGCUGUUCGACUGGGGAACCUCAGACUGCACUGUUGGAGAUCUGGUGCAGAUUCUGAUCCGCCAUCAGCUGUUCGCCGCCGUCACAGUCCUGCUGCCCAAUCACAGCGUCUGCCACACUCACACAGGCUGUGAUGAAGUGGCUCCUUCGUCUCCAGUUUGUCUGCAGGGAUGCGAAAUCACCAAACCUGUGGAGGAUAACAGUAAUAACCCCCCAAAAAUCACCAAAACUGUAGAAGAAGACAGUAAUAAACCCCAAAAAAUCUCUAAAGCUGUGGAGGAUGACAGUAAUAAACCCGUCCAGGAGGAGGCGGACAGCAGCUCUGGAGCACAGGAGAACACCUGGGGCUCCAGCCAAGACUUCCACACCUUCAGUCUCCAUGAGCUGACGAUGAUGACGCAGCACUGGGACGAGCGGCCGCUAGCGGACGGAGGCUGUCGGCUGGGCUCCGGCGGGUUCGGGGUGGUGUUCAGAGGACGCAUGGGGGAUAAACAUGUGGCGGUCAAGAAACUCAAUCCUUUGGACGGCAGUUCAUAUGAAGACCUCAAAAAGCAGUUUUACCAGGAGAUUCAGACACUCAGAAGUGUGAGUCAUGAAAAUGUGUUGCGUGUGUUGGGCUGCUCGCGCUCCGGCCCACCGCUGUGUGUGGUGUUUGAGCUGAUGGUGAACGGCUCUCUGCUGGAGCGACUGGCCUGCGCUGCUGAACACACACCUGCUGAACACACACCUGCGCUCACCUGGAGGAACAGAUGCUGGAUCACUGUUGGAGCUGCCAGGGGCCUGAGCUACCUGCACACACACACGCACAUCCACAGAGACAUCAAGAGCGCCAACAUCUUACUGGACGAGGGGUUCGUGGCGAAGAUCUCGGACUUCGGCUUGACUCGCUCUGCGGCUGCAGGUUCGCUCGUGACGCUGCAGACAGAGAGGAUUGUGGGAACGACGGCCUACAUGGCUCCUGAAGCCCUGAGGGGGGAAAUCACCGCCAAAUCAGACGUCUUCAGCUUCGGCGUGGUGCUGCUGGAGGUUUUGUCUGGACUUCCUCCAGUGGACGAGAGUCGAGAUCCUGCACUGUUGCUGGAGAUGAAGGAUGAUCUGGAUGAUGAGGAUCUCUCUCUGCUGGACUUCACUGACCGCCGCAUGCAGGACUGGAGGACAGAAGAGCUGCAGAUCAUGUAUGAAGCGGCAUCCCAGUGUCUGUGCCAGAAGAAGAACAAGAGACCGGCCAUUGCUCAGGUUCUGUCUGUGCUGGAGGACCUGCAUCAAAAAGUGAUCUCCAGAUGAUUCCGGAGAAUGAAACCACCGCUUCCUGUUUGCCCUGCACUUUGCUCUGAUUGGCUGAUGUUUGGGGAAGGGGCAGGUCGGAGUCUUUUAAUGCAUGUCCAUAUAUGGUCGUGAGUUUGGAACUGAUGAUUCCACUCAAGGUCACAUGACCAGCAGCAAAACACCCAGGAGAACAUUUAUUACUGAUGUUAAGAUAGAGGAAGUAGAGUUUAAACUGUUCAGUAGGAAAAUAGAAAUACAAGGAAAUAAAAACAUCAGG